GGGUUGAAGUUAUGUGUGAAUUUGAAGUGGCUGUCUGUUGUACAAAACAAACUUCAGAGCUUGAAAGGGAUUGAAGGGCUUAUUAAACUCACUAUUAUGCUACAGCCUGUGAGACAUCUCAAGAAGUGGAAACUGAAUAACCUGAAAUUUGAAACUUGGAGUAACAUGGGAAGUUGAAUAUUUUCUAUUCUACUAAACUAUCCUGCUGUCAUUUUUUUUUUGGAUGAAGUAAUUGGUUUCAUUGAUGGCACCAAGAAGAUGCAGAAUAGUUACAAAAGUAAUGAAAGUUGCUAUCUCCAAUACAAAAAGGCAAAAAAAUCAGCUUAAUACUAGGGAGCUAACAAAGUUCAAAUAACUAUCAGGAGAACCUACAGGGGUUAAAUAAGUCCAACUAAAGAAAUACACUAGGCAGAUAGGUUUGAGAGACUGGACACCAUUGAUAUCCCAUCAAAACACCUUCUAUUCCUUUCAUUCCAGAUACUUCAAGAAAUGGCUGCAGGUGUCAUCUUCCAUAUUUUCCUGAUGGAGCUAUCAACUUUCCAAAGGCUCCAGCUCUCAAAAGCUUCCCUGAAGUUUUGUGGCAUGACCCAUCUGUGUCCAAAAAGAGAUAUAAAUAUAUUCCAAAGAUCUGCUGCUACUGUGCAAUGUAGAAAGAGGUGACCGUGUGAGACUGCAUUCCUCGGGCACAUAUAGCAUCUAUUAGCAAUAGGGAAGUUCCUUCUGGCCAAGUUAUCCUCUGUUAGGCAAGCUCCAUGAAGUGCAGUCCAAUUGAAGCAGAUAACUUUAGGUCCCCAUCUGAGCUGGUCUGGUACUAAUUGGUUGCUAGAGAAACUAUUUAGAGCGGCCAGUAGUCUGAGCAAUUCCUCAAAUUCCCAACCUUGCAGUGCAGGAUAGGCAUUCAUAAAAACUGUGUUGCCCAGCCACUUAUCCUUCCACAACUUGAUAUGCUGUCCAUUCCCAACUACAAAGUGCAUAUUCUGUGAGAACUCCUCCCUGAGCUUACAGAUAUGCUUCCAAGCUCCAACUUCAUGUGGCGCUCUUGAUUGUUUAGUGCAACAAUGGUUCUCUACGCCAUGCUUGGCAUUGACAACUUCCUUCCACAGGUACUGAAUGCUGGAAAAAACAAGCUCAAAUCAAUGAACGAGGUCAGUGGUCUUGUGAACUUGCGAGCACUGAUUUUGAAUGACAAUGACGUUGUUUCAAUUUGCAAGCUUGAUAAAAUGCAAGAGCUGAAUACAUUGGUCCUUUCUAGAAAUCCAAUAUCUGGAAUUGGGCAGAGUCUGGCCAAAAUUAACUCAAUCACAAAAUUGUCUCUGUCUAAUUGCCAACUACAAGGUAUUGACUCUUCACUCAAAUCCUGCACCGAGUUAAAGGAGCUACGCCUUGCUCAUAAUGAUAUUAAGACACUUCCCAGUGAGUUGGCUUUUAAUAUAAAACUACAAAACUUAGACAUUGGAAACAAUGUUAUCAUGAAAUGGUCAGAUUUGAAGGUGCUCUCUUCAUUAGUUAACUUGAAAAACUUAAACCUACAAGGGAACCCCAUUGCUGAAAAGGAAGCUUUGGCCAAAAAGAUCAAGAAACAGCUGCCAAAUUUGCAGAUUCUCAAUGCUAAACCUAUUGAAAAUGCCGUGAAAAAGGAAGAGGGUGGGAGAGUCGAUUUUGAAAAUGAAAGUGGUCAUCUUGAUAUUGCCGCUUCUGAUCGUAAGAGGGAGUUGGUACAAACAGAAAAAAGAACCAAUUAUGACGUUGGCGUUCCACCUGUUGAACUUGGCACAAGAGAGGAACAAAAGCGCAAAAAACAGAAGAAGAGUGAAGUUUUGAAGGAGAAAGCAUCAACCAACAAAAAUGAUACUGCCGUCAGGGAUAAGGAACCAGCUAAAAAGUCUAGUAAGAAGGCUAAACAACAUAAAGCAAGUGCCAUUGACGAUGGAGAAACUCCUUUUGCAGAUCUUUUUGGUCCUGAUUCAUCAGAAGAUCCAUUGACUAGUAGUCGGAAGAAUCACAACACACUCCAAAAUGUUGAUGCAGCUGCAGGCUUGGUUACGUUCCCAAAAAAGAAAAAGAAGAACAAGAAUCUGGUAACUGGUGCUGCUGCUAUUCAAUUGUCAUCAGCAAGUGAUGAAAUUGGAUUGGGUGGUACAUCAACGUGGGGCGACUAGGAAAAUAGCAUCACAGAGAAAAUUAAGUAGCAUCAAGCUCAGACUGUGAAGUUAGCUACCGUCAGUUAAGCCCGGGCCUUCCAUUUUGUUAGAUUGCUGUGCAAUAAGACGUUUGCACGGUUUACAUGAACAAAUUGGUUUCACUUCCUGAUAGAAGCUGUAAUUUAUGGUGCUAUGACUGCAAGGCGUAAAGGACCUAAUUCUUUACUUGAAAGCCAGAUCAUUGGGAAGGUAAAGGAUGUUUUUCCUUGCUCUUGUUCAUCAUAGGUGUUUGGAAGAACAAAAAGAUCCAACUUUGCUUUUACCAGGAGUACUUGUUGGGAAGAUUUUGUACUUGUAGAGACGUGGUAAAUGCGCCUAAUUUAAAUCUUGUUUUGAGAACAUAUUGUGUUUAGAUAAUUAAUGGUCUUGUUUCCAAUGGCACACACACAAAGUUGUCUGCCUGAACUUAUGCAUUAGCAUAAUGCAUUAGAAACCUGAAGAAUGACCCUUUGUGGCAGAUAGACAGUGAUAUUUGUCCCA